AAAUUAAGAAAAUAACCAAAGUGGCGAUGACGACUGAAGCAGUAAUCAAGGUAGUAGCACUCUGUGGUUCCCUCCGUGAAGCCUCCUAUAAUCGCGGUCUCCUCAAUGCUGCAAUGGAGAUAUGCAAGGAUUCUGUAAAGGGAAUGGAGAUUGAGUACGUCGAUAUAUCGUCGUUGCCGUUUACAAACGAGGACCUUGAGGUGAACGGAACUUAUCCAGACGAUGUGGAGGUUUUUCGUAAGAAAAUUGAAGAAGCUGAUUGUUUCCUCUUUGCUUCUCCUGAGUACAAUUACUCCGUCACAGCACCGUUGAAAAAUGCAAUUGAUUGGGCAUCUCGACCUCCUAAUGUUUGGGCGGAUAAAUCAGCAGCAAUUGUGAGUGCUGGAGGUAACUUUGGUGGAGGACGAGCACACUAUCACCUUCGACAAAUUGGAAUCUACAUUGAUCUUCAUUUCAUUAACAAGCCUGAACUUUUUGUGUUUGCAUUUGAGUCACCACCAAAGUUUGACAGCAACGGUGUGCUGAUACAUGAAGAAACCAAGCACAAACUCAAAGCAGUUCUUUUGGCUUUACAGGCAUUUGCCUUGAGACUCAAAAGGCAAGUCUGAAUAGCUUCUACCGGUGAAAAUUGUCCUGUUUGGAAUUGAAGCGUAGUUAUUAUUAUUAUUAUUAUUAUUAGUAUGAUCGUUGUUCAACAUUUUCAGGGUUUUGGAUUAAAGAAAAAAAAGGUUAUUAUCUCCAUGGCCACCCACUUGUUUUGUCCAAACAAAGAAAGGUCAUGGCUGCUGCGUUUAUUAUUCUAUAUUGUUGUUUUUAAAUUAUGAAAUCUUUU